GAGAGAAGGAAAGCGAAAAGGCGAAUAUAAUUUCUAAGUUUAAAAGGAGGCAGAAAGUGAGAAUGUUCCAAUUUUACGACAUUGAAUAGUUCUCUCAAUUCCGCUAAACAAAGCUCUCUACUACUUAAUCCUUCAUGCACAUUUUCCUUUCACUACCCAAAAAGUUGAAAAUGGUAGUAGUAGGGUUAGGGCUACAAUAAACAACAAUAGUACUAUCAUCCUUCACUAUACACCCAUACCCAUAUCGAUAACUGUAACGACGACUGCGUAGAUUUGUACUACUUACUCUUUUUCUAUAUCCACUAAUUGAAGUGGUAGUGAAUUGAUUGAUAUGACCCUUCUAUAUUCAGUGAUGAUUGACAAAAAAGGGACUGAAAUUUGCAUAUGAACAGAUUUUAAAUGGGAUAUGGGUGGUUACUGUUUGAUUCUGGAGUGAUUUUAUUGGAUACUUUUUCAUUAUUGUGGUAUUGAAAGUGAUAUUUUGUGUAAAGGGUCACUUAAAAAAGAAGGGAAAGGAAUGAAUGGAUGAUGCUGGUUUAAGAGAAAUUUUUCCAUAUGAAGAGAUUUGGGAUUUGUUUUUUCAUACUGGGGAGGCUAUGUUUUUUUGUGGUUGUGUUACUGAAGUAUUGUUUUGGGUAUACGGUUACUGUUACUUUUCCUCUUUAUUCGUGUUCGUGUACUAACUGAAGAGGAUUCGGGGUGAGUUGUUUAUGGUAGUGUUGAAGGAAAAAAAAGGGGAACAGAAGUAGUAGUAGUAUUUGUAUAGCAUUCGGGGAAUUGGGGCGCGUCUUUUGCUGUAGUACUGAAGGAAAAAAAGAAGAAGAAAUAGUAACUAAGCAUUUUUGGGGUUAGUUAUUUACUGUAGUACUGAAGGAAAAAAGGGAGAAAAGGAAGGAGUACCAACUGGAGAGCAUUUAUUGUUUUUGGUAGUGUGGAAGGAAAAAAAAAGUAGUAGUAGUAGCUGGAGAGCAUUUAUUGUUUUCGGUAGUGUCCAAGGGAAAAAAGGAAAAAAGAAGAAGAAAUGAGACCAGAGGAGCGUGAUGUGAAUGCAGGGCGAGCGUAUAGGACUGAGAGAUUAAGAAUGCAUGGAGUUGAAUUGGAUUCUGAUAGUGGGAUAAUGGAACAGUCUUUGCGUAGGCAGAGGAGUUUGAGCCCUCUGAGAGAGGAAGGGCCUUGUCGAGUUAGUUGGCAGAGGAGGGAGGUAAUGGAAAGAGAUCAAGAUUUUGUUGAUAGAGGUGAUAUAAGGGAACCCAAUUUGAGGAGGAGUGGGUUAAUGAGAGAUGAAGAUUUUAGUGAUAGAGGUGAUAUAAGGGAACUCCAGUUGAUGAGGAGCGCUUUAAUGGUGAGAGAUGAAGAUUUUAGUUAUAGAGAUGAUAUAGUGCAGCCUCAGUUGAAGUCACCUGUUUAUCGACAAAUGCAUGAAAAACCUCCACAUCAUUAUCAGGUUUCUUUGAGUAGGGAUGAGGCAGGUAGAAGACGUGAGCUCUUUGAUUAUGAGAACAGAUAUGAAGCUGCAUGCAGUGGUGUGAAUUAUGAUUAUGAGUAUGACCGCGCUGGAAGUGUUCAAGGCCACAAUGUGAAUAAAGAAAGGGGUGAUGUGCAUCAUUAUGGGCCAGACAGACAUAAACUGUUGGCUUUGGAAGACGGGUCAAGACGAGGAGCUCAAAGUUUGCCCUUUGAUUCUCAAUCUGUCCCAAAGUAUGUGGCGACUGCAAAGAGUCCUUUAUCACCCCAUGUGCAACCCCGAGAGAUUAGGCUUAGGGAUCAGGUUGCUCGUUACCCUGAUCCUUUCCUUCUAGAUAAAUUGUCAGCAAUUGAAAUGCUUGAAAGAGAGGAAAGAUCUAGAUUUCAUCCCAAGGAUGUUACGACCUACAUGGAGUCAGCCUUCCGGUCUAAGGAUCUUGCUGUGUCCUCUCAGUAUAAGGAAUGUUUGGCCACAUCCUCUGGAACCUCUAGGUUGAAUUAUGUCCCUAUGACUAAAGAUGAUAUGCAUUCUCUUGGGGAUAUUCAUUCAAGGAGUUCCACAAAGCUUAGACAACCAUUGUAUCUGAAUGAAUAUGGUGAAGAACACAGUUAUAAUACCUUGGAAGAUUAUGCAGCUGGGCGUAAGGAACUGACGAGCUACCAGUAUGGUAAAGUUAGUUCUCCUAGGGGUGACAAUAUGUAUCAUGUAUAUCAUAAAGGGGGACCAAGAGAUACUAGUUAUGGUCAUUCAUAUGAAGGGACUACUUUGCUUGAACAAGCAUUACUUGACAAAAGGCGUCCUCGGGCUCAGAUCCUUUCGGAACCCCUUAGAGUGAAUAUUACUGACAAUGAGUUUCCUCGAAGAGAUAUCACUAACAGCAGUUCAGGGGAUCACCGUUUUCUGAACAAACAACCAGUUUCAAUGAGUUUUUUUGAUGGCAGAUCAUUAGUGAGAUCAAGCCAAGGUAAGUUUUAUGUGGAUCCUGAUGAUACUGAUGUUGAUAUGCAUAAUCUAAGAGAAUCAGACAUAGAAAAUUUGGAUGUUCCCGUGGAUCCUGAUGAUACUGAUGUUGAUAUGCAUAAUCUAAGAGAAUCAGACAUAGAAAAUUUGGAUGUUCCCUGUCAUGAAGAUAUUCUUCUAAGGCGACUGGAUUACCAUAGCAGCAAGGAUGAACAUUCUAAUUUCUAUGUUGAGAGGUGGAGGAGAUCACCCCAGCUUGAACAUGAAAUGGAAAUGCUUGGAGAUAGAGUUCGACUAAAGAGGAUUGAAUCGGGUGUAAAUGGAUGUGGUGGUCAUCCAAUAAGGUCAGAGAAGAGGAAAUACAUCUUAGAUGAAGAAAAGAUGGGGCACAAUUCUGGGCAGAUUGUGUUCAGUCAAGAUAUAGAUUAUAGGGACGAGGUGUGGGAUGAUCAAGAUGCUAGUGGCUUACUGUCUCCGGAGAACAUUGAUGACAAGUGGUUUGGAAAGGCAGAAAGGUCAUACAAUGGGGACCUUUGCGGUAUAGUUGCUGUCACUGAUAGCUUAUUUUCAUAUCAUGGUUCAGUUAAUCAGGGACAAAGGCACCUUACUAGACCAUAUAAUCCUGGUAAAAGACAAAAGGUGCAUGAGAAUCCCAAAUCACUGAGACAGUAUGUUUCAAUUCAAAGUAACAGAAAACACCAUCUCACAAAAAAUGUUUGGAUAAGAAGCAAAGAUGACAAACAAACAGAAGCAUAUGACCACGAGGUUAAAGAAUUAAAGGAUCAGGUAGCUUGUGCAAAAACUGAGUUGCCUGAAGAGUCAAUUGAAUUUAAGCAACUGGUACAUGAUUUCUUCCUAUCUUGCACCAAAAAGUUGAAUGAGAGUGUUGCAACUCAGAAAAGAUACAAGGCGCAAGGGAUGGCUGGUGGCUUAUACUGCAUUGUUUGUGGCAAGAGUCAAUUGAAAGAGUUCAAAGAUACUCGAUCCUUGGCAACACAUUGUUUUAUGAAACAAAAGGUGGGGUUGAAAGCAAAGCACUUGGGUCUUCACAAGGCAAUAUGUGUCCUAAUGGGGUGGAACAGUGAUGCACCCCCUGUUGGCAAAUUAUGGUUUCCGGUGGCUGUUCCUACCCCUAAUGCUUUAGCCGAGAAAGAAGAUCUUAUUCUCUGGCCACCAGUUGUUGUUAUACAUAACUGCUCUCGAUUGGUUACUGGUCGAGAUUGGCAAAAAGCGACUACUGAAGCUGUUGAGAACUUUCUGAGAGGUAAAGGUUUUAGUGGUGGUAGAAUAAAAAUUUGUAUGGGAAAGCCUGGUAAUGGCAGUGUAUUACUGGUGAAGUUCUUGGGCACUAUUCCUGGCAUUCAGGAUGCAGAAAGGCUUCAUAACUUCUUCGUGGAAGAAAAGCGUGGGAGGAAAGACUUUGAACUAGUAACUUCUACAAAGGGCAAAGGCAUCGACAACAGAAAUGUGAAGUGGGAUAAAGUUGAGGAACUUUUGCUCUAUGGUUACAUGGGAAUUGCUGAAGACUUGGAUAAAGUUGAUAUCGACACCAAGAGGAGAAGUUUAAUCAAGAGCAAGAAGGAGAUUCAUGAUUUUGUAGAUGCUCCUGUCAAAUCCGUAUAGGAAGAUUAAGGGGUGGGAAGAACCCCACCAACCGUCGUCUUCUGAGAACAUAGAAAAGAAUCACAGAAGAAAGUAACGUAGAUAGUAUGACGAAAGAAAGGUACAAAGAAAACUGAAGGAUUGUGAAUUGGGUAGAACUCAGUUCAUAUCCACAGCUUUGUAUAAAGCUUUAAGAUCUAUAAGCUGGCUUAUGGUGCUUCUCUUUUUGCUCUAUCAUUGGCUGUUCUUUUUCUACAUUAGUGCCUUUGUAAAUUUUUGGUGCAAACCAAGCACGUAACAUUCAGGGUAGAGGCCAAGCUUCUUAUUAUUGCUUAUGAUUGGAUUGGACUCUGGAGUUUGUCAGUUACUCCUUGCUUUAUUUUCUGUGCUCAUGUCGAUUAACAUCUAUAAACAAUCUUGAAAAUGUC